UCACAACUAAAUGAUAAAAUUAUCACUUAAAUCGUUAUGUUUUCUAUUCCACAGUGAUUUGCGAUCAAGUGCAUCUAAAUACCAAAGUUUUCAACCAAUAAAUUAUUUAAACCGAGUAUAAUAAAUUUAAUUUAUAAAAAAAAUGUGGACUAUAGUUUGAUAUUAAGUAUAAUUUGAAAAACGCAAUGAAACAGUUCCUGGGAUUUUAUGUUUUCGUAUUUUUAUUUGAACCCUUCUAUUCGGAAUUAAUCAGAGACCACAAUGUAAUCACCGAUGAAGUAUGGGAAGCCUACCAUAAGGCUCACGUGUGUCCGGAUGUGAUGCCUUGGCCUCCACCAUGGCUCUGUACGAUUCAUUUCCCCAAUAAUCUCACCUUAGACAGAUUAGGAAUGCGUGUGAAUGCUUCGCAAGUUCAACAGAAACCUCGUUUAAAAUAUAAUUCGACAAAUAGAUUGAGCUGCAUGUAUAUGGCUGCUCUGAGACUGAUUCCAACCCAAGAAGAUUUCCGCUUCACAGGAGCUAUGUCGACCCAUGUGACACGAUACUUUGUCCAAAGAAUGGAAUGGCCUCAAUGGAUCGUCGGUAACAUUCCUAAUGGCGAUGUAGAAAAAGGAGACACUAUUUGGGAUUAUCAGCCGGUUCUCGUGCCACACAAUUAUCAACAAAAACAAGUAUACGUCAUUUUCAUAUUUUACCAAAAAGCCAGGAUAAAUUUUCAUAAACUGAUUGGGGAUCAAAAAUACGAAGAAAUUCAUAAAUUCGCUACAUGGUAUCUAUUAGACUGGCCCGAGUUCGGCAACUUUUUUAAAAUUUUUGUAGAAAGGGAUGAAGGCGACGACAUUAGUGCUUCGCUAUGGUAAAAUUUACUAGUAUCAUAAUAGUCCAUGGAUCUCCUGAAAUAUAUUCUUUUUUUAUUGA